AUGGAUUUGCGGCCGUUUCUCAGUGAGCCUACAUUUGAAGGUGAAAUGGCACUAUGGAGAGUAAUAAUCAACGACGUAAAGCUCAAUGUCUCUCCAGGAUCAUCGUUUCAUUGUGUAGAGCCAGGGUGGUUUAGGGUUUGCUUUGCAAAUAUGGAUGAUGAGACAAUGGAAAUUGCUCUUCAAAGAAUUCGAACGUUUGUGGGAGAAAGAAAGGAACUAGAAACUCAGGAAAAGAAUAAGCGAUAUAAGAAGACUCUCAGGCUUAGCUUUUCUUCCAGAAUCUAUGAUGAAACUGUGUUGUCACCUCACUCUCCGAUUCCUCAUUCACCCCUUGUUAGUGCCAGGACUUGA